UAAAGCAAAUACUUGGUCAACUAAUCCUACUAAUUAGUAGAGAGCAUGUGGCAUGUGGACUGAUUCAACUCAAUCCUCACAUGGCGCAUCCACUGCCACGCGGCGCCGCUUCCUCCCAGUCUCAUUCCCAUACAUAAUAACACAACCGCUUCACUCACUGAUCAGACACAGUCACACAAAAGAAAGAAAAGCUCAUGCAUCCAUUCUCAACAUGGCAGAGACGGAACGCUUCGACGUCGUUUCAGACGACUCAGACCACCACUUCCAAUCCCAAGGCGCGUACCGAGAGUGCUUCACGAACGCAGGGAGCGACGUGUACAAGAAGAUAAUGAAAGAGUGGAAAAUCCUCUACCACAACCUCCCCCAAACAAAUAUCUACGUCCGCGUCUACGAGCACCGCAUCGACCUCCUCAGAGCAGUCAUCGUCGGCGCCGCGGGCACACCCUACCACGAUGGUCUCUACGUCUUCGACAUCGCCUUCCCGGCCCAAUACCCGGCCCAACCCCCCGAGGUCCAUUAUCGCUCCUACGGCUUCUGGAUCAACCCCAACCUCUACAGCACCGGAAACGUCUGCCUCAGCCUCAUCAACACGUGGGUCGGAAGAAAACAUGAAAAGUGGGACCCAGCGGGGUCCACUAUUCUUCAGUUGUUGCUCUCCCUCCAAGCCCUUGUCCUAAACGACAAGCCGUUUUUCAACGACUUUUGGUCCGAGAUUGUCGGCCGCGGGGGGCGCGCGCUCUUCGAGAAAAUGGCCAUGACCUACAACGACAACGUUUUCAUUCUAAACUGCAAGACCAUGCUCUGCUUGCUCCGCCAACCGCCGGGGAACCUCCACGCCUUCGUCGUUCGCCAUUUUCGGAACCGGGGGCGCGCGAUUCUGCUCGCGUGUAAUGACUACGCCGAGGGGCGCGUGAGAGUUGGGAAAGGCAGUGAGGGUUCCAUUUCUAGGGUUAGGGUUUCAGGGAAAUUCAGGGAGUCGAUGCGCGAGGUGUAUCCUCAGCUGUAUGAGACGUUUCUUUCUAUCGAUGCUCUUUCGGAGAGUGAUGUGGAGUGCUUCAAGAUGGAGAAGUGUAGUGGGUUGUCCAAAAAUGUUGGUAAGAAAAAGUACAGGGUCAUUGCGAGGAAGGUGAUAAGGAAGAUAAGCAAGUUUUAUGCUUCCACGUUGAAGUUGAAGACUGAGGGAAAAAAAUGAUGCUGUCAAUCAACGUUGUUGUCCCCUGAGGAAGUUGCUAGCUACUUGCUACGUACUCACGAUAGUGUGUUGUGUAUCCCCAUAAAUUGGUGUAAUAGAAGUAAGAAAUACGUCGUGAUCGAAGUAAGAACCAAGAAGAAUAAUUGUAAACCUCAACCCUAUUUUUUUUUUAUUGGGCGGAGGAAAGAGAGAAAAAAAAAAUGAUACACAAUGUGAUAGAUGAGA